AUGGCGAAUGUACGCGUAUUAGUUUUAGUUGUAUGCCAAAUAUUGUGUCUACCGAGGUUGUGUUAUAGUAAUGAUGAUAACCCUUUCCUGGAUCUCGCGUCAUCGUUCAUACAGAAUAUGGCAAGCGACAGUGGCAAGGGAAAUAAUAUGGAUGGGUUGGCAGCCAUAGGAAACAUUGUGGGUAGUCUCAUGCAAGGAGAUAAUGCUAAGAAUUUGGGAUCGUUAUUCGGACAGGAGAAUGGAGCUGGUGACGUACUUUCAGGUCUUGGAAGUCUGUUUGCGGGCCAGGACGGUAAGAUAGACCCAGCGGUCAUAGGUUCUGUGGUCUCAAUGUUCGCUUCCCAGAUGGGUUCCAAUCAGAACCAACGAAGGAAGAGAGAUUCUGACACAAAUGAUAUCAAUUUGGACAGUAUAUUGAGCAUGGCGUCGGGAUUUCUUGGGAACAAAAACGCAGCGGGAAUGCUGCCAUUAGUUAUGAACGCUAUAAGCUCAUUCUCCGAAGACGAAACCUCCAAAAGAUCUGAUUCUCACAAAGACCACGCGUCUUUUCUGCCACCAUUCCUAGAAAAGGCCCAUUUAUAUUGGGAUAUCUUCAUAAAUUCUGAACUAGGUAAGGCUGUGUGGGAGAAAUCUGGUUUCCAGCGUGCUAUGAAGUCGUUUAUGGGUCCCGAUGGUAAAGUAAGUUUUGAACUGAUGUUCAAAAACUUCGAGAAUCAUUCGUUUAGGAGGCAUUGGAUCAAGGCCGUAGCGAAAUACUUAACGGAUAUGGUGGUGCAUGUCUCAAAACCAGAAGUUUACCAGAGAUAUUUGUCAACGGUGCAAUACGUGCUGAAUGGUUUUCUGAACUCGCAAGGUCUGCCUAAAAGCACCCAUUUCAAUAUGAAGAAACCAGAAGAAUCUAUCACAGUACUUAGCAAUUACGUCGCGAGGAAAUACCUCGACGUAGAUACUGACGUAUCUGGCUACGUGAAACCAGCCGUAGAUUACUUGAAGCAAACAUUGAAAAUGGCGCAAACGGCGUCUGAAUCUUUGGCGUCACGAGAUUACAGCGCGUUGGCGGAGAGAUUAACGGAUACAUUGAACAUGGACGUGAUAGAACCAGUACUAAGAGUGUACCGAGCAUACACGCACGCGAGGACUAAUGUACACUGUCAAGAACAUCUCAUGUGUCUUGUUAAUAGACAAGUGAAGCAUGGUGGUCCAGGCUUCAAGGCGGGUCUUACUAAGAUAAGUAGUCUAGCUGCCUGCGCCGCUCUCAGCUUUGAAAGUGGCAGAGGUUUCUGGGAUUUAUACAACGCUGUGCAAGCAGAUGUUGAUUGUGAGGCCAAGUAUCCCGCUGACUGUUCAUCAUUCCAUGAACAUGAACUAAAAGUUACAACAGAAGUCUACCACAGUGAAUUAUAA